AUGGAAGGCUUCGAACAGCAUAACGAGGUAUCUACCUCAUACAACAACAAUACUUUGAAGAAUAAUUUCAAUGACAAAAACUUUUAUCUCAUGGAAGAGAAGAGGGUAUACGGAUUCGCGGAUAAGACCUAUCUAAAGGACUCGCAAACGCAACAAACACCAUUUUCAGUCAAAGACAUACUUAACAUAAAUCAAUCUAAUUAUAAUUACGACCGUAAUGAUAUGUGGAAAGUGGAUAAAGAAAGACGAAAUUACGAAUACUAUGAAGUUUAUAGCCAUCAAAAUCAGACACAUUGUUCUGAUUACUUAAACCAAGCCUACAGCAAUAUGACACCAUUGUCUGAAAUGCAUACAGAAUACUGGAACCCUGAGUACCAUGAGCAUAAGGUUGAAAAUUAUUACAACUUCAAUCCUUAUUGCCAUAGUUUAUAUCAUCAGAACAUUGAGCAUUAUGUUGACAUUGAUGUGCCGCCUUAUAAUUCUGUUGUGGAGCCUUUAAAAAAUGAUAUGACCGCAGUGACUGUUAGUUCAAUUGUGCCCCAAGAAAAGGUGUCUUCCAAUGUGUACCAUGUUACGGAGCCGACGGAAAAAAAUUCACCUGUGUUGUUGAGGAAAAAAACCCCUACAGUAAGUAAAUCGGAGAAAAAGGACAGAAGUGGCAAAAGAAAACCUCGAAUCCUAUUCUCACAAACUCAGGUACACGCAUUGGAGCUCAGAUUUCGCGCCCAGAGGUACCUGACCGCUCCAGAAAGGGAACAACUAGCCAAGACUUUGAACUUAUCUCCGACACAAGUGAAGAUUUGGUUCCAAAACAGAAGAUAUAAGAGUAAACGCAUGAAGUCUCCAGAGGUAUCGACUUCCACUGACGCUAAGCCAUCUAAAACUUGCAGGAAGCUUUACAAACCCGAAAGUAACGACGCACCACAAUAUUACGAUUAUAAAGAACCAAAACAUGAUGAUGAUUUAACGUCGACUAUUUAUUUUGACGACAGUUUGAAUUAUGAGAAUGCAGUUGACAAAUAUUAUGAAGAGAAACCUUUGAUUAUUAAUGAAGUCGAUAGUGCGAAUAAUAUGAGUAAUAAUUUGAAUAUCAUUUACGGAAAUAAUUUAGCUAAUGAUUCGAAAAAUUUUUACGAUGAGGCUGAAGUUAAAAAGUAUUUUCCUAUGAACUAUGUUUGUUGA